AUGUCGUCCCUGAAUGAGGCCAUCAUAUCGGAUCCCAGUGACGUCGACAGCAACGCGCUCUCCCUCGACACAUCUGCGGGUCUGCGUCGGAUGCCUGGCAUUCAGGACACCGACAGACCAUUCCGGUUCCUGGACCUCCCAAGCGAGCUUCGCGAGGCUGUAUACAAAGUGGUCUUCAGAUGUCGCAGAGUUUACCAGCUUGGGUACCAGCCCAGCUUGGUAGAUAGAGACCAGAACAAGCUUGCAAUCAUUCUGGUCUCCAAGAAGCUGCGCGAGGAGGCCAUCAUACACCGACAAUCGGACUUACAUCUGGAAUUCUGCACCUUCGAUGCCGGUACUUUGAUUCCAGAACUCUGCCACCGUCAUGCUAAAGUACUCCGGUACAGAGUAUGUAGCAACCACCACCUCAACGGCUUCGAUGUCAAAGAGUUUGCCUCCCUGGAGACCGUCGUACUCGACCUCACUGAUGUCUCGGCUGCUGGGCAGGGUAAAGCUGUCGGUAGACCCGGCACCGAGAACUACCAAGAACAUCUGGUGGUAGGAGAGAUGUGGAAGGUCCUAGGGUCGCAUCUCUUCGCUGCGGACUUUUCGUGGCCUGGACAUCGCCAUGUUGUCGAAAGUGCUGAAUCGAAGCCACUAGUCGAUACUGUCAAUGCGAAAGUCCGAGAGGUCUUUGGUCAAGUCGAACUCUUUGUCAGAUUCUCGAAUUAUGCUUUUGACAAGGACGAGGACUGUGUGCAACAAAUCGACUACUUGGUCGACGUUCACCGAGGUACCGUCGUCUUUGCUGCCAAGUUCGAAAUUUCCAGCCACCAACAGAAGUUCCUGGUCGACUUCAGUAACGAUGCUGUAGUUCUUGUGAACAAAUUGCACGAAGUCGAAUAG